AUGAAGAACACGGCCGUCCUCGGCUACCUCGUGGCCUCGGCCGCUCUCGCCAGUGCCCAGGUCUCAUCCAGCAACGGGAACUUCACCUGCGCGCGGCUCAACGCAGCCUACUGCGCCGGCCCCUCUCUCGGCACCGACAUCAUCAUCCGCUGCACCGGGACCACAGGCCAGCCCGGCCGCUGCUCCGACAACCUCGCCGGCGAGCCUCCGCUCGGCGUGCUGCCCGCUCUCUGCUGGCAGACGUCCGAGACCAGCGGCGACGCGGCCUGCGAGAAGAACUGCGUCGUCUACGCCAGCACGGGCUCCUUCACCCUGCCCGCCAGCGUGUGCACCCCGACGUACACGGCCUCGUCGUCGUCGUCGACUUCAACGACGUCAACGAGAAGCACCACCACCACCAGCACUGCCAGCACCACCAGCACGGCCAGCACCACCAGCACGGCCAGCACUACCAGCACGGCCAGCACCACCAGCACGGCUAGCACCACAGCCAGCACGGCUAGCACCACGGCCAGCACCACCCUCACCACCACCUCCACUAGGACCCACCCUCCUCACUCAAUCAUAACCGUCACCGGCGGUACGGGCACCGGCGGCACGACCGUCGUGCCGCCGCCCAACGGCAACGGCACCUAUACCAUCACCCGGGGCGACACCACGCUGACGCUGACCACUGCCACCAACGGCGGCGGCGGCGGCGCGAUCCCCGUCGGCCCGACUACUACCACGCAGGCCGGGUCCGUGUCCACUGCCGGUGCGGCCGUCGCCAACCACCGCGGUGCCGCUGCCGGCGCCCUGGCUCUGGUCGGCGGGGUUGCCUUUUUCUUCUAG